ACAUCUGGUCCGCUCCUCUUUACCCACCCGUUCCACCUCUCGCGGAACGAGGAGAAGAUCGAAGAGAUCGCACAUAGGAGGAGGAGGAGGAGGAGGAGGAGGGCAGGCAUCGCCGACGACGGAGACGGAAGGGAGGAGGCGGUGGAGAGUUUGAGGUCGAGAUGUGGGUGUUCUACCUGAUCUCGCUCCCCCUUACCCUGGGGAUGGUCACCGUCACGCUGCGCUACUUCGCAGGCCCGGACGUGCCCCGAUACGUUGUCCUCACCGUUGGAUACGCCUGGUUCUGCUCCCUCUCCAUCAUCAUCCUCGUCCCCGCUGACAUCUGGACCACAAUUAUUGGGCACUACAAUGGAGGCAUUGCUUUCUUUUGGAGUUGGUCAUAUUGGAGUACGUUUUUGCUGACAUGGGCUGUGGUUCCUACUAUUCAGGGUUAUGAGGACGCUGGUGAUUUCACAGUCAAAGAAAGAUUGAGGACAAGCCUGCACGUGAACUUGGUCUUUUAUAUAGUUGUGGGAUCCAUUGGCCUUAUCGGGCUUAUUCUACUUAUCAUUAUGCACAGGGAUUGGGGUGUUGGUAUUUUGGGCUUAGCCAUGGCUUGUUCAAAUACAUUUGGGCUUGUGACCGGUGCAUUUCUACUUGGUUUUGGUCUUAGUGAAAUCCCAAAAAGCAUCUGGAGGAAUGCAGAUUGGAAUUAUCGUCAGAAGGUCCUUUCACACAAGGUUGCAAAAAUGGCUAUAAAGCUUGACAAUGCUCACCAAGAAUUCUCGAAUGCAAUUGUGGUUGCACAAGCCACAUCUAAUCAGAUGUCCAAACGUGAUCCACUACGGCCUUAUAUGGAUAUUAUUGACAAAAUGUUGCUUCAAACACUCAAGGAAGAUCCUUCUUUCAAGCCCUCUGGUGGUAGGCUGGGAGAGAAUGAUAUGGAUUAUGAUACCGAUGACAAGACAAUGGCCGCACUUAGAUGCCAACUCAGGAGAGCUCGAGAAGAAUACUAUAGAUACAAAAGUGAAUAUAUGACCUAUGUGAUGAAAGCCCUUGAGCUUGAAGACACCAUAAAAAAUUAUGAACGUCGUGAUUCAAAUGGAUGGAAAUUCACCUCAAGCUUUAGAGAAGACCGAAGGGGAAACCUAGGAUCUUUUCUUGAUAUUGUUGAAUUAUUGUGGCGUUGCAUACUUAAGAAGCAACUACAGAAAGUGUUGGCCAUCACACUCGGGUGCAUGUCAGCUGCUAUCCUUUUAGCUGAGGCCACCUUAUUACCGAGUGGAGUUGACUUGUCCCUCUUCUCUAUUCUUAUAAAUGCUGUGGGAAAACAAGAAGUCCUGGUCCAGAUAGCUGCAUUAAUUCCUCUCAUGUAUAUGUGCAUUUGCACGUAUUAUUCACUAUUCAAGAUUGGAAUGCUUAUGUUCUACUCCUUCACUCCAAAGCAAACUAGCUCAGUGAGUUUGCUUGCGAUAUGCUCAAUGGUCGCUCGUUAUGCAGCUCCAAUUUCCUACAAUUUUCUUAAUCUUAUCCGUCUUGACGAUAAUGCAAAAACUAUUUUUGAAAAGAGGAUGGGCAACAUUGAUGAUGCAGUUCCUUUCUUUGGUAAAGGGUUUAACAAAAUCUAUCCACUUAUUAUGGUCAUAUAUACCCUAUUGGUGGCUAGUAAUUUCUUUGACCGAGUAGCUGACUUUUUUGGAAGCUGGAAAUGGCUUAAGCUUCAAACUGAGGAUGCAGAUACAGAUGGUUUCAACCCUUCUGGAAUCAUAAUCCUGCAGAAAGAGAGAUCUUGGCUUGAACAAGGGCGCAAAGUUGGUGAGCAGGUUGUGCCUUUAGCAAGAAACUUUAAUGGUGCAAAUGUGGAUAUCGAGUCCAGCAUUUCACCUCCUUUCAGAGAGGUUAUGGAGAUGAAAGCAACAGCAACUCCACUGGAAGAUGCAGGAACUCCUUCAAAACCUCUAAAAGACGAUUCUCGCAAAAGCACCGCAAACCGUGGAUCCAUUGUGAAUAAGUAUGCCACAAUAAGGGAACAGCAGGGACGGCAAUCACUGAGCCUUCCAGUGGAAAAGGCUACACCACCAGCUUCCGUAUCAUUGCUUGAGGCGAAUGACUCUGAUACACACUCAGACAACCUGGCCGCCAGUAGCACCUCCCGUUUAACUUCGACAUGGGCAUCCAUGAAAAGCAGUUUUCAGAACAUGAAGACCAAUUUAGGUGCUAAGAAAUUUCUCCCAUUGCGCCAAGUUCAGGAGAGUGCCCCCCACAGCCGAGCCGCUUCCUCCGACUCUCUGGACGAAAUUUUUCAGAGGCUGAAGCAACGCCCUAGGAAAGACGACAACAUGGAGUUUGAUUUCGAUGAGGACGGUAUGGACAUCACACCUUCUGGAUCAAGCAGAUAACAAGAUGAAUAUUUCAUUAAUGAAGCAAUCAAUCCAAACAAAUCUUGAGAUAACGAUGUUCUUGUAGAAGUGUAUAGAGUCGAGUAAAGUCAAUUUUUUUUGGUUGGAGUCAAAACCCUUAGUUCAUGGGAAGACUCCAAUGAUAUAGGACAAAGUCUAUACGAACUCGCAUGAACUAUUGGAUAAUUAAAAAAAAAGAACAAACUAAACUGUUUGGAGUUCUUAGCAUGUACAAAAAUCCACAUUUGUACGAAUUGAAUCUUUUUUUAUAGUCGGAAGGAACUCUUAUCAAUUAGGACGAUA